CGCGCUGGUGCAGGUGAUCGGGGGGGAGCGUGGCUGAGGAUGAGGUUGAGGCUGAUGAGGAUGAGGUUGAUGAGGAUGCCAUAAGACAGACGGGCAGGGGCAGGAAUGAAGGAAGACGCCGGGAGGAAAGAGCACGGGAUGUGACAUGUCUCUUAGUGAUGUGAUAUGAAUAACGGCGGUGCGUUUGGGAAAACGGUGCGGCGUGCGCAAAUCGACUAUGUGCAAAUUGUUGCAAGGGCCACGCUGAGCUGGUUUUGCUGGUCGGCGACAGUACUAUGAUUUGGUAUGUGGCCACUUUGAUAGCAAGCGUUUUCAGCACCCGGGGAACGACAGCUCAAGGUGUCCACGGCGUGAGAGAGGAGCCCCAAUACGUGACGGCCCAUGCGGGAGACAGCGUAGUUCUGGGAUGUGACGUGAGCCACCCCCUCAACGGCCAGCAGACCCCCUACGUGGUGGAGUGGUUCAAGUUUGGUGUGCCUAUCCCCUUCUUCAUUAACUUUCGGUUCUAUCCUCCUCAUGUGGACCCCGAGUAUGCCGGAAGGACGAGCCUGCACGGCAAGGCGUCUCUGCAGAUUGAUCAGGUGCGCUCAGAGGACCAGGGCUGGUACGAGUGCAGGGUUCUCAUGCUGGAACAACAGUACGACACCUUCCACAAUGGCAGCUGGGUCCAUCUCACAGUCAAUGCACCCCCAACAUUUACGGACGUGCCUCCACAAUACGUGGAGGCCAGGGAGGGAAGCAGCAUCACCCUGAGCUGCACCGCCUUCGGUAACCCCAAACCUGUGGUCACCUGGCUCAGAGAGGACGAGCAGCUGGCCAGCAGCAAAAAAUACACAGUAAGUGACGGCAGUUUGACCGUGCAGGCCAUCACACGGGAGGACCGAGGAGCGUACAGCUGCCGUGCUCACAGCGACCAGGGAGAGGCAUUUCAUACCACACGCCUCCUCGUGCAAGGUCCUCCAUACAUCGUGGCACCUCCAGAGAACAUCACCGUGAACAUUUCCCAGAAUGCCCUCUUCACAUGCCAGGCAGAGGCCUACCCCGGCAACCUGACCUACACCUGGUUAUGGGAGGAAGACAACGUCUACUUCAAGAAUGACCUCAAGCUCCGAGUGCGCAUCCUGAUCGAUGGCACCCUCAUCAUCUACCGCGUAAAGCCUGAGGAUACUGGCAAAUACACCUGCAGUCCCAGCAACAGCCUGGGCAUCUCGCCCUCUGCCUCUGCCUACCUGAGAGUACAGUACCCUGCCCGUGUUCUCAACAUGCCACCAGUCAUCUAUGUCCCGAGAAAGUUGCCAGGAAUCAUACGCUGCCCAGUCGAUGCCAACCCACCUGUUUUGUCGGUCAGAUGGGAAAAAGAUGGAUACCCCCUAAGAGUUGAGAAGUACCCCGGCUGGAGCCAAAUGCCAGAUGGAAGUAUUCGGGUGGCAGAGGUCACUGAAGAUUCCCUUGGCACCUAUACCUGUGUGCCUUACAAUGCCCUAGGUACCAUGGGACAAUCCCCUCCAGCCACUCUGGUGCUAAAGGACCCACCUUACUUUAACGUGAGGCCUGGGGGGGAAUACCGCCAGGAGGCCGGCAGAGAGCUCGUCCUUCCCUGUGCUGCUUCUGGAGACCCUGAGAUUCCAACCAUCACCUGGAGAAAGGUUGGAAAGCCGAGUCGAAGCAAGCACAACAUCUUACCCAGUGGCAGCUUACAGUUCGUGUCUCUGAGCAAAGAGGAUCAUGGGGAAUGGGAAUGCAUUGCCACCAAUGUUGUCACAAGCAUCACUGCCAGCACAAGACUUUUUGUAAUAGGCACUAGUCCCCAUGCGCCAGCCAACGUCCGUGUCCAGGCCUCCACAGCCUCAGCCAAUGUCUCCUGGGAACCCGGCUACGACGGCGGGUUUCAGCAGACCUUUUCGGUCUGGUAUGGCCCUGUGAAGAAAAAGACAGAUUUAGGUCCUCAUGAUUGGCUCUCCAUGCCUGUGCCUGGCUCCCAGACCUGGUUGGUGGUUCAGGGCUUGGAGACAAGGACCGCCUAUCAGUUCAGUGUGCUGGCCCAGAACAAACUGGGCACAGGUCCCUUCAGUGAGGUAGUCACUGUGAAUACAGUAGUGUACCCCAUAAGUACUCCGGAACCACUGGUGCUUCUUACCCCACCGCGGUGCCUCACAGCCAACCGGACACAGCAGGGUGUACUGUUGACGUGGCUUCCUCCGGCCAACCACACUUCACCUGUAGAUCGUUACAUUAUUGAGUUCCGUCUGGGAGAGAGGUGGGAAGUCCUGGACGACCUCAUUCCAGCAGACGAGACCGAGAUCUUGGCUAGAGACCUCAUUCCGGACUCGUGGUACGAGUUCCGCGCCCUGGCUGUCAUGGAUGAUCUCAUUAGUGAAAGCAGUAAUGUAGUGGGAGUGUCAAGCACAGAAAUCUCUGAUGAGGGGCUGGCCAGGCCAGUGGUAGCCGGGAUUGUGGCUACCAUCUGCUUUCUAGCCGCUGCCGUUUUGUUUAGCACGCUGGCCGCCUGCUUUGUCAACAAGCAGCACCGUCGCAAGCUCAAGCGCAAAAGAGAUCCUCCUCUGUCUAUAACCCACACCAGAAAAAGUGUCGAGUCUCCGCCUCCUCUUACCCCCUUACCUGGCAUUGAGCCCUACUGGGAAGAGCCAGACAGGAGCAGCUACAGGCCCCCAUCCACCAGCCCUCAGCUUUCCUCUGGGAAAAUCAGUCCAGAGAGCAUCGCUUCCUCUCUGACCAGUGUGGGCCCACAUGGCCUUUAUGUCAAGAAGCUGCCAAGCCCGCGAAAAGAAAAGGAACUGUCGCUGUACAAGCGAACCAAGCGAGCAAUAACUGGCAAGAGGUACAGCGUGUCAAAACACGAGGCGGAGGUCACCACACCUAUCGAACUGAUCAGCCGUGGGCCGGACGGUCGCUUCGUCAUGGAGCCGUUGGACACAGACAUGUCACUUAAGUCACGACGCAUUGAAGGCUUCCCCUUCGUAGAGGAGUCAGACCUAUAUCCUGAGUUCAGACAGUCGGACGAGGAGAACGAUGAGCCCGGGCCCCUUCCCCCAGUCAUGGCCACGCUCAGACCUCAGAUAUCACCUGUGUCCUCAAGCCAGGAGUCCUACAUGGCGCAACCCCCUGCCUACAGCCCCCGCUUCCACAGGCCCAUGGAAGGUACGAGCAUGUUGGAGGGUAAUGGGCUACAGGCAACAGGGCAGAGCCGAGUAUCCCACUUUCACAGAGUCUUUCCUCCGGGCCCUUUCUAUGGCUAUCUAGGUAGUGGCGCCGAGCUGGAGCUGCACCCUCCAUUCUACACGGCAGACGUCAGCCCUCGCAGUUCAGCCAUGUCCUCGUCCUCUCCGCCGUGCCCCACCGAGGGGCCAUUCCGCCAUCCCAUCGCUUCUGGCCAUGCCCUGCCAAUGGCGCAUGGUCCUCCCUCCUCACGCUCUACAGACACCUGGCAACCUCCUGAAUUUCCUUUCCUGGGUCAGGAGGGUGCCUGUGUCGUUUUGCCACCACAUCCUCCCCCUCAUCUCCGCCGGGACCUGCCCGAACCGCCACCUUACCCAUCCCGUGGCCACGCCCCCUCCAGCUCUGCGUUCCUGCGACUGGAGGCACUCCCUCCUCGAGGCCUAGUGGGCACACAUGCAGCUAUGCAACAGGCCCAGAGUUUAGGGCAGUUAAGACACACUGCCCAUGGAAUGGGUGUACCAGUGUUGCCUUAUCCAGGCCGGGCAGGGAGCCCCAGUACGCUACGUAGCGAGAGCUCGGAUGAGCCGUGGCUGAGUCCGAGGGCGGCACGCCGCCUGGAUCUGGGUCUGCAGCAGGUGGUGCUGCAGCCGUCGCGUCUCUCACCUCUUACACAGACCCCUCCUAGCUCUCAUGCUGGCUCACCCGACAUUCUGGUGCGCCCGCCUCCACGACCGGGUGUUCUGCGCUCCUCGCGGUCACAGGAGAUGCCAGAGAGCAUUCGCCACAUCACUUUCUCAAGGAGGUCCUUGUCCUCUUCUCCCACCACCUCUCCCACCCUGGGCUCAGGCUCCAGCCGCCUGCCAGGUCUGGGUUAUGGUGCCCAUGUGGCCUUUGCCACCGCAGCGGCCAGCUACCCAUCUCAAUCCCCCUCACCCCCGGCGGAGAGCAGCGAUGCUUUCGGCCAGCUGCCAUCUCAAAGGAGGACAGAUGAGGAGAUGCUGCCCUCAGAGCCCUCGUCAGGGGAACCUCUAGGUGCGAUGCGUGUGCCUGCCGGGUCUGAGAGCUUUGAAGCACUGUUUUAUCAUUGUAUUAAAAAAGCCAAGAAAGUAGCUGCCAACAUCAACAACAACUCCACAUCCAAGAAAACCACAGAUGUAUCUUCCUCUCAGACCCUGCAGCAACAUGCAUCUCAGGUACCCCAGCAAAGACAAGAGAUCUCGCCCCCCACCGGGAGAAAGAGGGAGAAGCUCAUCCGAAAAUCCCCCUAUCUGCACUUCUCUUCCAUGCUGCGCUUUUCUUUGCCCAUAGAAGACAGGAAAGCUCUUUUAACCAGUGUGAACUCCAAGACUCCACCCAGCUACGGCGCUUUGCUCUGACCAACCUGAAUCUCGGCGGAGAAUCACGUCACGUCACGUCUCAUCCUGAUCCAUUACGACAGUGGAGAUGCAGUCAGUAUUGAAUUGGAUUGUCCUAAAGAAAUAUUCACUUUGGCACAAUCUGCUACAUACUCAUGCGUUUUCUGUACACUUUUACGGGGUGCUUCAAUAGACAAAGUGACAGAGAUUACGGGAAAAAAAGAGAAAUAAAAGAAUCUUUCGGGACUUAAUCUAAUAACUUGCAGACAAAGUUAGGUUUUGUUUGUCUCAAGAUAAAUCCUAAGUGUGUUAUUGUGUAUAUCGAGAAACCUGAAGAGCUCUAAACUGUUAAAUGUCCCUCAGAAAAGUCUAACACAGGGUUUCUCUUUCUCCUCCUAAGAAAUAUACCUCAGAAAAAAUCGAUUCUGGCACACAGAGCACUUAUUCCAUCAUUUGUGCAAGCGAACAGUAUUUUAUAAUGAGUUCAGUAGCCUUUGUUGCCUGUUCCAGCAAAACUCAACUCAAUACUUAGUAUCACUUGUUCCACUAUGAAGGCAUC